AUGAAAUUUGAUGGUGCAUGUUUGAGACGCUGUCCCAAUUUAGUUGUGAGGUCAUCUUCAUCUGAGGGAACUUCGACGGAGACAACUUUAUAUGGAAAAGAUGAACCAGAAGCUAAUGGUGGGAUUACUGUGAAAGACACCCGGCCCGAUAAUAAGGAAGAAGAUUAUGAUACAAACCAGCUGAAUGAAGGGUCGCAAGAAGGCACUUCGGUUGACAUGGAGUUGUUUAAGUUCCUUGAGAAUUUCGACCUUAAGUUUGACUAUCAAGAUACUUAUUCACUACUUGUUGUCGGUGGUGGUGGUAUUUUCGCACUCUGGCUAGCUGUUGCUGUUGUUGGAGCCGUUGAUUCUAUACCACUGUUGCCAAAAGUGUUGGAACUUAUCGGUCUUGGCUACACAAUCUGGUUCAGCUCGCGCUAUUUGAUUUUCAAGGAAAAUAGAGAUGAAUUGUUUUCCAAGGCAAAACAGAUAAAGCAGGAGGUGCUUGGGUCAAAGGAUGGCUAG